AUGGCGUAUUUGCAGAGUAGUGUUUUGUCCCAUGCUCAAAAAGUGCGAAAACUCUACAAAGAUAGUCUUCGGUUACUUCAAUCGUACUAUGCAAGCAAUAGAAUUCAACUGAGAUAUGAAAGUGUUUUACUAAGAGCUAAGUUUGAUGAGAACAAAGAUGAAGUGGACCUGAAGAAAGCCAAAGAAUUGAUUAAUGAAGCGAACUAUCUCCUCUGGAAAUAUCAGCAUCCACAGCCAUACAAAUAUGCCCAUUCUCCUGGAGGAAUUUGUUAUGGUCGUGACCCUCAUAUGCCUGAUUGGAUAUUAGAUACCUGGACACCUCAAGAAAAAGCCCGCUACCCAGAAUAUUUUGCUCGGCGAGACAUUCGGAAAGAAGACCUGCUACCAAUCGAAACUCGUAAUUACUUUCUCUCAGACGACCUCCUCACUGGUGACGACCACAUAAUCACUACAAAUGUAGCUGCCUGCACAGUUUAG